AUGAGGGAAUUUGGAACUAAAAAGACAAUAAAGGAAGAAGUGACGGAUUUGGCUAUUUAUGAUGCUUCGGAUGAACAGUUGGUUCCUGUAACAGAAAAAGUUGAAUAUGAUGAGCUUUGUAAGUUAUGCAAUUCUAUCGCUUAUCCUAUUGCUAAGAGAAAGUUGGCGAAGAAAAUUUACAAACUUGUGAAAGAGGCUUCAAAAGAAAAAGGAUAUGUGCGCCAAGGAAUCAGUGAUGUGCAAAAAGCCAUCCGGCGUGAUGAAAAGGGUAUUGUUAUUCUUGCAGGUAAUGUGCAACCUAUCGAUGUUUAUUCGCAUAUUCCAGCCUGGUGCGAGGAAAAGGAUUUGCCAUAUAUUUUUACGCCAUCGCGAGAACAUCUUGGUUUUGCCAUGGGUCAUAAACGUGCAGUUAUUAUAUUAUUCAUUCGUAAGCAUGAAGAAUAUUCGGAAUUGUAUGAAUAUGUUAAAGAAGCAAUCAAAAUAAUACCACCACCAGAAAUUUAA